CAUUAAUGUCAGUAAUAGUUGUCUGCCGAACGUACACAUAUUAAACGUGUGUCCAAACCAGAAAAAAACAAUACAUGUCAAAUUCAAUAUGACAUAAAUUGCAAAACAAAAAGAAAGAAAAAAAGGAAAUCAAUGAAAAUGUGUGAAAACGUUUAGAAAAUAGAUAUCUAAUUGAUUAAGUUAAGUGGAAUAAAAUACAAGGAAGUAUUAUACUAAUUAAAAAUUGCCAAAAACUCAAUUUAAUUAAGUUCUAAAUAUAACUAUUAAAUUAAAAUGUCUCAAUCUGCAAUAUUUAAAUAUAGUGUCAAAAAUUUUUUUACUAACAAAUUAAUAGGUCCUUCGAAUUAUUUACGAAAUGCAUAUGUCUUAAGAUAUCAAAGUUCAAAAAGUACAAAAACUAAAACAGCUAGUUCAGUGUAUGGGACAAUGAAGAUUUUUGAUAGAAAUGCGAAAAUCUUACAAAGAGAACGCGCGGCGCAAAAAGAAGAUUAUCAUUUGGCUGAAUACAUAAAAGAAGAAAUCGGUUGGAGGACUGCUGAUAGAGUGUUUGACAUUAAAAGGACUUUUAAAAAUGCAGUCGAGUUAGGGGCAGGCAGAGGCUAUGUUUCCCGCCAUUUCCUACCAGACAGUGUGGAGAAGGUCACACUAUGUGACACAUCACAGACUCAUCUGGACAAAGCUAUCAUUGGUGAUGGAGUUAAAUACGUAAAGGUCGUUAUGGAUGAAGAGAAUUUCGAAUUCCCAGAGGACAGCGUGGACCUGUUGGUGUCAUCGUUAGCUCUGCACUGGGUGAACGACCUGCCGGGCUGCUUCGACCGCGUCAUGCGCUGCCUCAAGCCCGACGGGGUGUUCCUGGCGAGCGUGUUCGGGGGGGGCACGCUGGUGGAGCUGCGGCAGGCGCUGCAGCUGGCGGAGGCGGAGCGCCGCGGCGGCGUGGCGGCGCACGUCUCGCCCUUCACGCACGUGCAGGACAUCGGGGGCCUGCUCACCGCGGCGGGGUUCACGCUGCAGACGGUGGACGUGGACGCGCUGAAGGUGUGGUUCCCGAGCGCGUGGCACGUGAUGCGCGACGUGCGCGCGCUGGGCGAGGGCAACGCGGCGCUGAGCCGGCCCCCGCACCUGUCGCGAGACCUGCAGUUCGCCGCCGCCGCGCUCUACGACCACAUGUACGGCAAGGUACCGGCUAGGACUUCCCGGAGCGGGACAGUCGCGGCGUGCCGGCCACCUUCCAGAUCAUUAACUGGGUGGGGUGGAAGCCGCACCCCUCGCAGCCCGCGCCGCGCCCCCGGGGCUCCGGCGAGGUCUCCCUCAAGGACCUGCACCGACUGGAGGAGGUCGCCGGACACAUAAAUAAAUAAAUUUUGUCUUUACAA